GUCCUCUUGGCCAAGUCCAGCUAUAAAUGGCAGAGGCACAUGUCUAACGGUAAUUAGUUGCCCACUCAAGUGACCAUCAUGCACAUCACCGUUGUUUGUCUCGUAUUCAUUUGGGGUCUAAGCUACAGUCACGCAGCCACAACAAUCCUGCAUGGCAACGGACAGGUGGCCAGUGCCGUUUCCCAUCAGAGCUUCACCAGAUUGUCCUCAGCGGAGCCACUAAUCCUCCAGUCCCCAAAGCACUCUCAUCAGUUGGCCGUCCCAUCAGCAAGGAUUGUCAGCCAUCACAAUGCCAGGGAGCAGCAGGUCCAAAGGUUUUUCCAGGCGAAGGAGGAGGAAGAGGCGAUUUUGAAUCCCAUCUCUAGUCAGACACCAGCCCACCUUACUUACGCCGCCCAUCCGGUGGUGCACCAAAUGCUGCCAAGGAUUAAGCCCGUGCGGAACAUUAGCUUUGCCUCUCUGGUCCCAGGACCUCGUAGCCUAUCCAGCAAUGCCCAGCGCAACUUGUCACCCGUUUAGAGUGCCGAAUUGAGGAAUUUAACCUAAGUCAUUUCGAAUUUAAUAACAUAACAUCCAUAAACUUUGUUAAAUCAUCAAAAAUAUCGAUUUGUUCAGUAUUAUACGGCCAAUAAUGAGAAAGUAAGACAUUCUCACCAGUUAAUAAGCACUAAAUUCGAAUUUAACGAAUUUCUAGAUCAUUUAGAAGUCAAACUCGACUCACGUUUGAGAUAAACUAGUACACAUUUCAAACUUUUCAGUUUGGCCUUCAAGUAUGUUAAUAGAUAACUUUAACUUUUUAUUAGCCAUUGGUUUUUGCCAACUAGAUCAUUAAAAAUUAUUUGCAUUCUACACACCCACACAAAUGUAGACACCUGAGAUUCGCUUGUCAAUAUUUUCGUUUAAGCAAAUUCUCUUCACAAUUAUUACUUUUUUAAGUGAAAGUGGUUUUUAUUGAAAAUAAUAAAAUUGAUUCCUGAAGCCAAAAUUCAGAGUCAACCUGA